AUGGGUAAGCCUCGUAAAAAAUCUAUACAAUCGUCUGAAAAAAAUAGUCGAUUAAGACAACAAAAUAGUCCUGAUCUUGUCUUAUCAAAUGGAAAAGAUAAUGACGAUGAUGAUCAUGGAUUUAAUGAUGAUGAUGAUGAUGAAAUAGAUACAUUUUAUAAAGAACGUGAUGAAAAUCUUCGAACAGCAUUAUCUAAAACUACGAAUAAAAAAUCAUCCAAAAAUAAAAAAAGUGUUUCAUGGGCAUUGGAUAAUAACGAUUCUGAUGAUGAAAAUAAUCGUGAUGAAGUACUUGCUUUUGAUGAUGAUGAUUCAAUGGCAAGUGAUGAUGAUGAUGAUAAUGAAUAUCAACAAAUAGAAGGUGAUGAUAAUGAAGAAGGAGAUCUUGAUGAAGAUCUUAGUGGUUCAUGGGGAACAUCUCGAAAAGCAUUUUAUAAUGAAGAUGCAAAUGUUGAUGAUGAAGACGCUAAAUUAGAAGAACAAGAAGCUAUACAAAUUCAAAAAAAAUAUUAUGAUAUGUUAGAAAAAAAUGAUUUUGGCUUAGAUUUAUUUCAACAAAAACCAUCAACAAUAUCAAUAGAUCGAAAUCUUGAUGAACAAACAUUACAACGUCAUAUUAUAUUACCAAACAAUCUUCUUGAAUUAAGUUCAAAUGAACGUUUACAAUUAAUACGUGAUCAAUCACCUGAAUUAGAACCAUUAUGUAAUGAAUUUAAAAAUAUUUUUGAUGAUUUGAAAAUAUAUCUUUUACCAUUUAUACAACUUAUUAUUGAUACAUCAUCACUAGAAGAAUUUCAUUCAUAUCCAGGAUGGCAAUUUAUUCUUUCUAUUAUUGAACUUUAUCUUACUUAUUGUUCAUAUUUAAGUUUAUAUUUAAUGAUGAAAUCAACAGAUUUAAAUAUAUCAAAACAUCCAAUUAUAAAUGAUAUUGAACAAUAUAGAAAAUUAUGUCAAUUUGUUGAUGAAGAUUUUCAAUCAAUGAAAUCGGAUUUAUUAAAAUUAUGUGAAUUACUUCAAGAGAAAAAACUGAAAAUAAAUCAAUCAUCUGUAUCGAAACAAAAUCAACUCACAUCAAAACCAUAUCUUAUUAUGAAUAAUGGAAUGUCAUUGUCAAUUAAAACAACGAAUGGAACUGCUGCUAAACCAUCUCUACGUGAACGUAUGAUGAAGAGAAGAGAAGAAAAAAUGAAUACUGAAACAGAAAUCGAACCAAAAGAAAAUAAACCACAAAAACGUGGUAUUACCUAUGAAAUUGAAAAGAAUAAAGGCUUAACAGCUAAACGUAAAAAGGAAUAUCGAAAUCCGCGUGUGCGUCAUCGUAAUAAAUAUGAACGAGCAUUAAUUAAACGUAAAAGUCGUGUACCAACAGCACGAACUGAAGAAGAAAAAUAUACCGGUGAACCGACCGGUAUUCGUGCUGGUAUUAAACGUGGCAUUAAGCUUAAAUCUUAA